UUCCCAGAGUCCCUUCGGUGGCUGAUGGCUACGCAACAGUUUGAGGCAUCCAAGGAGCUGAUCCUUCAGUUCACACACAAGAAUAGGAUGAACACAGAAAGUGACAUCAAAGGAGUGGUGCCCGAGCUGGAAAAGGAGAUCACCAGGAGACCGAAGAAAGUCUGCAUUGUAAAAGUGGUGGGAACAAGAAACCUGUGGAAAAACAUCGUAGUAUUGUGUGUGAACUCGCUGACCGGUUAUGGCAUACACCACUGUUUUGCAAAAAGCAUGAUGGGGCACGAAGCGAAGAUGACAAUUACCCACAACUUCUAUGCGGACUACUACACCAUGGCUGGGAUUGCACUGGCAUCCUGCCUGGCUAUGUGCCCAGUGGUUGGGUUUCUGGGGAGAAGAGGAGGACUCCUGCUUUUCAUGAUCCUUACAGCCCUGGCAUCACUCCUGCAGCUGGGCCUUCUCAACUUGAUUGGAAAAUACAGUCAACUUCCAGACUCAGGUAUGAGUGACAGCGUCAAAGACAAAUUCUCUACCGCAUUUUCCAUCGUGGGUAUGUUUUCUUCGCAUGCUGUUGGAAGCCUCAGCGUGUUCUUCUGUGCUGAAAUCACACCCACAGUAAUCAGGGGAGGCGGGCUGGGGCUGGUCCUGGCCAGUGCGGGCUUCGGCCGCCUGACUGCCCCCAUCAUGGAGCUCCACAACCAGAAAGGCUACUUCCUCCACCACGUCAUCUUCGCCUGCUGUACGCUCAUCUGCAUCAUCUGCAUCCUUCUGCUGCCGGAGAGCAAGAACCAGAACCUGCCUGAGAACAUCCCGGAUGGGGAACAUUACACCCGGCAGCCACUUCUGCCGCACAAGAAGGGGGAGCAGCCCCUGCUCCUGACAAACUCUGAACUCAAGGAUUACUCUGGCCUCCACGACUCAGCAGCUGUGAGCGACGGGAUCUCGGAGAACACCACUGCCAACGGGAUGAAGUCAAUGUAACCGGGUGGAUUUUUUUCCUCUUCUUUUUUUUGGUUGGGUGUUUUGUUUGUUGCUUUUUCUUCUCUUUCUUUUGUAUUUUAUUUGAUGCUGUUGUGCAGGAGGAGCGGCACUUUGGGCAAAGGUGUUUUGCACAGAUUUUACAAAACAGUAGGGGAGCAGACACAGACUUGGGGGAAAUUCAACUCUGCUGCUAAAGCAACUUUUGGCAUCUUCAACUGUUGUGCAGAUUGCUCUUGAAAAAAUCAUGGGGGAAAAAGACUCAUCUGAGAAGAGACCUGGCUGGAAGUAGCCCUUCAGAACUCUUAUUUUCCUGCCAUUAAAUAUAUGUAUUUAUUUUGAUUUAUUCUCAAGAAGCACUUUAUUUCCUUUUCCUUUCAUAGAUCACAAAAAUGAAGCCAUCUUAUAAUAAGAGGUGCAGCCAUUCCAAGAAAGAAACCAUGGGGGGUGGGGUCGGGUGUUUUCUGUUUUGGUUUUGUGUUUCUUUAAAGGAAAGAGGGAUCCACUGCAAAGUUGAAUAGACUGAAAUUUAGACUUGUGCAACAUUCUUCUGCCUGUCUAGAAAGUCCAAGUGCCCAGGUUGCCUGCUGUGUUUGUAUA